CACUGCGAGACGUUUAUUACAUCAGUUUCUUGAGGGUUUUUAAUACACAGGGUCCGGAUUUUCUUUCGUGACAUUUUUUCCCGCAACAGGAUAUUUCGAAGACUAGCCAGGAACUCCACUAUGACCACAGCCACGGAGAUGGGGACAAUAACUCCAGAAGUGUUGAAACAGCUUCUUCAGUUUUAUAAUCUCUCACGACAGGACUUCAUUGAUACUUACAACAUACAGCCUCUCGUCUACAUACCCGAGCUGCCGUUCAGCGCGAAAACAACAUUCGUUAUCAUGUAUGCGAUUAUUUUUGUCCUAGCGCUCGUUGGAAACAGUUUGGUGGUUUAUAUUGUUGUGAGAAAACGAGCGAUGCAGACUGCUACCAAUAUCUUCAUAUGUUCUCUAGCGGUGAGCGAUCUGCUCAUCACUUUCUUUUGCAUACCGUUCACCUUGCUUCAGAACAUUUCCUCCGAGUGGCUAGGAGGUGUCCUGGUGUGCAAGACUGUCCCCUUUGUGCAGACAACAGCCAUAGUGACGGGAAUCCUCACAAUGACUUGCAUUGCUGUGGAGAGAUACCAGGGCAUUGUCUACCCUCUAAAAAUGAAGAGGCAGUACACGCCACAGAGAGCCUAUAAAAUGCUAGGAGUUGUGUGGAUUGCCGCUGUGAUCGUUGGAUCUCCCAUGCUGUUCGUACAGCAGUUGGAGGUGAAGUAUGACUUCCUGUAUGACCACCACCACGUCUGCUGCCAGGAGCGCUGGCGUUCUGUCACACACCGGCAGGUCUACGCCACCUUCAUUCUGGUGGCUCUCUUCCUCCUGCCCCUGACAGCCAUGCUUAUCCUCUACAGCAGGAUAGGGAUCGAGCUGUGGAUUCGCAAGCGGGUUGGGGACUCCUCUGUCUUAAGCACCAUGAACCACAGUGAAGUUAACAAGAUCUCAAGAAAGAAGAAGCGUGCUGUUAAAAUGAUGAUCACCAUUGUGCUGCUCUUCACCAUUUGCUGGGCUCCCUUCCAUACGGUUCACAUGUUGUGUGAGUACAAUAACCUGGAGAAGAAGUACGAUGAGGUCACCGUCAACAUGAUUAUUGCCAUCGUGCAGGCCAUUGGAUUCUUCAACUCCUUCAAUAACCCCAUUGUGUACGCCUUCAUGAACGAGAACUUCAAGAAGAACUGCAUGUCCACCCUCUCGCGCUGCAUCAGAAAACCCAACCAGCACGGUGUUGCCAUGGAGAGGCCUAAACUGACCGUGCAUUUCACUAAACCAAUCAACCAGGAAGCCUUCCUUGGGGACAAGGACAAAUUGGGCACCAAGCUCCACAUUUCUGGGAACGCUCUGCUAGGGACACCACGUGUACAGACAUCCACAGCUUUUGUUGAGGAGAAAAUGUCCACUGUCAAUUCUGAGCUACCAGCCAGCAGCUACUCCUGUUCACAGUGA